CAGAGUGGGUCAGACAUGGAGUGAGGGGAGCGACGCACGUUUCAAAUUGUUUUCUUAUCUUAUUGACGACGUUCAAAAAGAGCAUCCACACCAAAUACCAGAGCCACAGGGAGAUAAACAAAUGCAAAAUGGCAUUCUCCAGAGCAGUGCUGUUGUUAUUGGUGUACUCGUUAUCACUACAUGACACAGUAAGAGGUGUCGCAGAGAUAUGCCGGGGGACGCACUGCCACGGUGGCGAGACUGGGGAUCCCAGACCCUGCGUCGGAGCCCACUGCCUGGGGGGUAGAUCAUCCAGACCACCGCGGCAAUAUAAUCCAACAACACAGGGCAGAUCGGGACAGACAGUCCACAGCCAGCAUCAUGUGUACCACAGCUCUCAGUCAAGAGGAGACACCACAGACACGUAUGUUGUUCAACCACAGCGCGGUAGGCACAGUGACAGCGCUAGGGAAAGCGCAAGGAUGCAAACGUAUGACGUUUUCGGUUCAGGAUGUACUGGAGCGGAUUGCGUUACUCCUCAGAAACAGCUCCAGGCUUUUAACGACACCAGAGACUGUAAAGGGAUCGAAUGUAAAUUACCACUAAGGAUACGGCCGAAGCCCCGUCCAAAGGAUUGUGUGGGAGAAGGCUGUCUGGCUGAUGAUGCCGCAGCUUCCAGCCAGCCUUCCCCUGUCCAUAUGCCGGACAGAGCUGCUCAGUUUCUGGGAGAAUUUCCAGAGUUUGGAUAUCCUGCAUCUGAACUUGGCAGUGCGCCUUUGGGAGUGCAGCUCACAUGUGACAUUAAACCAGGGGAGAACGAGGUGCCUUCAGAGGAUGCCCUCAUCUUACACCUCCAACUGGCUAAGGGGCAGGAGAAGCUGGUAGAGGCCCUUCAGGCUCAGCAGACGAUCAUCCGCGACCUGCAGCAAAAGCUAGCCGAACAGCAGGGGGCACUGUUGGCCCAGCAGCGGGAGAUCCUGGAGCAGCAGCGGCGCAUGUACCAGCAGAUGGACGUGGUCAAGGCACAGUACGGCCUGCUCUCUGACACCGUCAAACAGGUGUCCUUCCAAGGCCUCCAAGGGGAGCUCCAGAGCUACUUCGAGAGCCACCUGGCAGGCCUCCAGAGCCAGGCUCGGAGCCACCUGCAGAAGUCCUAUGCCGUUCGCAAGGACAUGCACAUGGAUGUAGAUGCUAAGUUGAUGGAUGUGGUCGGGGAAGCCCACCUUCCGCACCCCCUGCUGGGGUGUGGCGCCCCGUGUGGACCGGAGGAUUACUGUGACUUCCAGAGGGAGCCGCCGCAGUGUGAGAAGUGUACCAUGUGCCCACCUGGUUUCUUCCUGGUCUCCCAGUGCUCUCCCAAUGCAGACAGAAUAUGCCAGGACAGAGACGAAUGCCUUGAAUUACCAAACCUAUGUGAACAGGGAGUGAAGUGCCUCAACACUCCAGGAGGGUUCAGAUGCCUGGGCAUGUCGGAAAGGGAGGCUGCUGCUGGAGUAUGUGGCCAUGACUACUUCUACAACCAGGAGCUUCCGGAGUGCCAGGCUUGUUCUGACUGCAAUGGAGAACCCAUUGCCAUCCCCUGUACACCCACCAGUGAUUCUGUCUGUGGACCCUUCACAGACAACCUGAUGUCCCAGUCCUGGGGCGCCACCGUGACCUUGCCCCCAGCCAGGGCCCCUGGCAGCCACAUCUUCCCUGGCCUCCAGCUCAAUGUGCAGAGCAAAGAAGCCAGCGACUUGCUAUCCAACCACGCCGGCCGGCUAUCCUUCCAGCAGCACGGCUUGAUGUGGCUGGACCAUAACUUUGCCCUAAAGCACAAUUGCAGGAACUUCCUCCAGGUGGGCAUGCGGCUCAACAGCAGUCAAGAGGAGGAGGGCCAUGACCUCAGUGGGGUCCGCAUUGAGCAGCCAGACGGGAAGUACUUCCAGGGAGUUAGCGUUAGUGGCAGCGCAGAGGUCGAGCCCAACCACAUGCUGACACUGUUCCUGAAGAGUCCCAACCAGCAUUGCAACCAGAGUAAGGACCUUCAUGUCUACGAACUCAACGGGCCUUCCUUCAGCAUGCUCUGGCUGUCCCACGAUACUGGAGCCGUGGCCAUGACAGCACAGAUGUCAAUGUCGGCCCACUACCAGACCAACUACCGUCCAACCUUCCGCAUCACCUCCGUCUCUGACCCUUACAUGGUGGGGUUGACCCACGACAGCCGCGGGGUGCGCUUCACAGAGAGUGGCGUGGUGAAAUUUGUCCUACAGCAAGCGCUGUACUCCAUGGGCCACACCUGCAUCCGAGAGGGCUUCUCUCUGGUGGCCUACGCCAACCGCAAUGGGACCAACCAGGAAUUGAUGCAGGCAUUCAAGUCUGGCGUCAACUACAGGGACACAUCCAUCACCCUUUCUGGGGCUGUCAGGGUGGAUAGUGGGCACUCGCUUAGUUUCGAGAUCCUAUCCCCAUCCCAGUGUAAUAUCCGCUACUUUGGAGACAGUACUGGGAUCAGUAUACUGAGCCUUAUCUGGAUCCCUUCAGCUGUCUCCUCUGCUCUGACUGCCACAGUGUCCAGGACAGGCCUUCCCUCUGGAGUCGUCCGCAACAAAGCCCUCCUCUUCCAGCAGGUCAGCCCAGAAUCAGACCAAGUGCGCUUGGCCCGUUCUGGGGAACCCAACGCCCAAAAGAACUUUGUCUUCCGGGGGGAUGGGACAGCUAACGUGGCCCUCAACCUGAAGCUGAUCCAUUCGUGUAACGUGGUGAAGCUCACCCUGCACCGGCAGGGGGGCAGCGGGGAGGGUGGACAGGCUACACCCGUGGCCCAGCAGAUGUCUGGGCACAUGCCCGAGGGCAGCGAGUGGGCCAACGUGGGCCUGAGGGCCUCCUUCCAGGUCCAGAACGGUACAGCCAUCUAUGUGACACUGGACUGCGUACGUGGUCGUGUUAACCAGAUCACCCACAAGGGAGGCACUAACAUAUCCAUCCUCUGGGUGGCGUUGUGAUCCAAAAAGAGGAACUUUUUUGUUGUUGACUGUCACAUUUUGUCAACACGUUUUAGAAAAAAAUACGGUUUCGCACUAUUUCAAAUUACAGAGCAAAUUUGGAACCUCACUUAACUUCACAGGUGCUUCCAAGGUAGAGGAGAUUUUUUGAAAUGGAAGGUUGUGUUUUGUCUAAUGUUAACAUUUUUGUCAUGUUAAUGUUGUUUGUAUCUUAUGUCUGAUACUUUGUUGAUUCAUUGAUUAUUUUUGGAUGACAAGUACUGAUUUUGCUCGAAGUACUUCGGCUGGUUGAGCAGUGACCAAUUAUUUUGUAUGGAGUAAGCUGAAUGAUGUGUGUGUGUGUGUGUGUGUGUGUGUGUGUGUGUGUGUGUGUGUGUGUGUGUGUGUGUGUGUGUGUGUGUGUGUGUGUGUGUGUGUGUGUGUGUGUGUGUGUGUGUGUUUAUAAUGUUUGUUAUGCUUUUUAUUAUGCUAUAUCUUAUUCCAUCAAUUUCCUGCACAUGAAUAUGAAAUGUUGCCUUUCUAUGCGUGUGUAUUGCAGAGUAUUUUGAUAAAAGAGCAUUUAAAUAUUUUUAAAUGUAUUAUAUUUAACUUUCACCAAGCGGUUAUUUUUAUUUCAUAUUUUCAAUAACUUAUUCUGAAUUUUAUGUCACUUAAAAUAAUAGUAGUGUAAAAUUGGAAAAAAUUUGUGUCGAUAUACUAUUGGAAACAAUACCUUACUUCAUAACCAGAAUUGUACUUCAAUCUCUUUUGAUAAAACAAACAAACAAUCACAGUUGUGUCAAUACUGUACUUCUAGGAUACAUGUAUGUCAAACAAUAGAAUUAUGUUACAAAUAUUUAUGUGACCAUGGAACUACAGUAUAAGUGUAGUAUACAUUACAUUUACUUAUAUAAAUGGUGUAGGGAAAGUUUAUCCUCAGAUUAUUAUAAUUUUUACAUUUGAUAGUUCACACAAAUCAGGUUUUAUGUAGCAACAAUAUGUUAACCGUUAACUACAUAAUGUAUGUUAUGCUUUAGCCUCAAUACUCUUGGCCCUGUGGAAGUGCUGCCUAUGCAUAGCAUUCUUAAUUGCCUUUGUGCAUGUUCUGUCCCCCAAACAAUUAGACACAAUGAAGUGUUUCAGCGAUUUGGCAGCGAAGCAAAGCGGUCGGUCACUGAAAUACUUCUGCUUUAUUUUCACUUCGCUAUGCAAUGCUUGGUGAUUUGUUUUACUUCACAUGUAUUGUAGAACAACAAUGAGUGUAUAAUUUUUUUCAAAGCCAAAUAAAAUUCACAAAUAUUUUGUAA